CCAGUCCCUAUUUCGAGUGUUGACCCAAGAAGCAACUCUGCACCUUCCCUUCACUCCACUGGAGAGAGAAUUGAAGAUUCAAGUAAGUCAAGUCAACUAAUCUAGCUUUUCUCUCUCAGGAUCAAUCCAUCUAUGUCCAACAGCAUUGCAGGCUGCAGCAGCUACUAGCAGAGGGUCUGAACUUCAAUAAUGUCUGGCUUUGAGGUGGGGAUUGGAAAACUAUACACUAACAUCCGUGGCAAAGUUGCAUCUUCCAAAAAUCUAGAUGAACUCAACGAAAUUUUGGUCAAGGAUAUAAAGAUGCUACUUGCAAUACAGGAGGAUAAAGAGAGGCAAGUUCAAAGAAACAAACAGAAAGAUACCACUAAUGCUUACAAACUAUGGACAAACCUGGUAUCAAAGGCUGCAGGAGAAGUGCAGAAACUGAUAACUGAAUAUGAUACAGAAAGCCUGCCUUGGUGGUGUAUUCUAAGACGAUCACGUCUGAGUGAAAAGAUGACCAAAAUGUACAAUUGUGUUCAUGGACUAAUGACAGAUGCACACUCAAGAGAUUUUCUAGUUGAUAAACUGCCAGAGCGUGUCUUGAAGGAGCUAGGUGUUCCACAUAUAAGUGGAUAUCCAACCCUACAAAUUUCCUUGGAAAAGAUUCUUGGUUUCCUAAAAAACAGUAAGAUCAAAGUUAUUGGAGUGUGUGGAACAAAAGGGGUGGGAAAAACAACAAUACUGCACAACCUAAACAACAACGAAGAGGUUGCUAAAAUGUUUGAUAUUGUCAUUUUUGUGAGAAUCACAGCUGAUGAGGGAGAUGAUCAGAAGAUUCAAGAGAAAAUUGCAAAUAGAUUGAUGCUCGACAUAACGACCAUCCAGGACCAUGCUGAUGUUGCAAGAACAAUUUACAAUGAUCUAGCAAACAAGAAGUAUUUAUUGAUUCUGGAUGGGGUUGUAGGCCCCACUGAUUUUGAGCAUUUGGGAAUUCCAAGUGAUAAAAAUGGCAGUAAGGUGGUGAUUUCCAGUCAAUUCCUUCGAGAUUGUAAGUUGAAUGGGGUGGAAAGGGUCAUCAAAGUCAAAGAGCUAUCUCCUGAUGAAGCAUGGAAGAUGUUUAGAGAUAUUGUCUGUGACAAUGCCACUAGUCAUAUGAUUGAUUCCCCUGAUAUCCAACCUAUUGCUCACCUUGUAUGUAACAGGUGCUCUAGGCUUCCACUUCUCAUUCACAAAAUAGCAAACUCUUUUAAAUUGAAAGGUUCCGCUUCUAGUUGGUGGGCAGGGCUUGAGGAUCUUAAACCAUGGCCAGAACUUCAAAAUCAAGGUUUGAAAGAGUUGUUCUCAUUCUUGAAAUUCUGUUAUGAUGAACUGAAAGAUGAAAAGAAACAAAAAUGUUUUCUAUACACAUCAAUGUACCCCACAGAAAACAAGAUUUACACCGAUUAUUUAGUUGAGUGUUGGGCAGCACAAGGCUUACUCGGUGAUAUAAAUGAUGCAAGGCGAUAUCGAAGUGCACGCAACCGUGGUAUUGACAUAUUAGAGCACCUUACUGAUGUCUCUUUGCUAGAGAAGGGGGAGCAGAUGACAUAUGUCAAGAUGAAUGAUUGUAUGAGACAACUUGCCUUAUUCAUAUCCUCUAAAGAUCCUGAGUGUAGCUUUUACCUCCAAGAAAGGGAAGAAACUGAAAAUGUCUCAAAUUCAAGAGCUUGGCAGCAGGUUAAGUGGGUCUCUAUGAUUGAUAGAAAGAUGCUCGAUUUACCUGCAAACCAAGAUUUCAGCAUGGUUUUGACAUUAUUGCUGCAAAAGAAUCCAGAGCUGACUACAAUACCUCAAACAUUUUUUGAGAGCAUGAACACUCUUCUCUUGUUAGACUUGUAUGGUACCGGAAUUAGAGAGCUACCAUCAUCUCUAUCAAAAUUGACCUGUCUCAGGGCUUUAUUUCUGAACAAUUGUGUGUUUUUAAGAUCAUUGCCAUCUGAAAUAGGAUCAUUUCAAUGGCUAGAGGUCCUUGACAUUCUUGACACCAAAGUGCCUUUCAUACCUAUCCAUAUCGGAUAUUUGAAUAAGCUAAGAUGCUUGCGAAUCUCAUUCAUUGCAAGUGAUGAAGAAAAUAAAGUUGAAAAUUUUCAUGUGAUCUCAAAGCUCCAGAGGUUAGAAGAAUUAACCAUUCAAGUCAUAAGCUAUGAGCAAUGGUCUAAUGAUGCUGAAGGAGUCCUACAACAGGUGGCUUUGUUGGAAAAUUUAACUACUCUCAAGUGUUGCUUUCCCUCCCCAGACAUUCUUAGGAACUUUCUUCAGACAAGCAAAUCAUGGAGAGGUUGUGAGAAAGAAAUAUCAUUCAGAUUCUUUGUUGGAUGCCAAAACUCAAGACGACCUCAAAUACUUGGAUCCUUUGAGCAUAAAAUUACAAAUUACUUGAAGUAUUGCAAUGGUGAACUGAAGGACGACUUCACAAUUAGUGAGAUACUACCUAAUACUGAUGCUUUGGAAUUAAUUUGCCACAAAGAUAUUAGAAGGUUAUCAAACUUUGUUGGAACAAGGCCUUUGAAUCGCAUCCGUGGCCUUUUGAUUGAAAAAUGCAACAAAUUUUCCACAAUUGUGGUGGACGAUUUAAGUUGCAACCCCAUAAAUGGAAUCCAAUCAGAAAACAGAGCCCUCUUGCCAAAUUUGGAGCAAUUGUAUUUGGAAAAUUUGCUCAAUUUAACAUGUGCUUUUAGGGGUCCCGUGCAUAUUGGAACACUUGCCAAAUUACAAAUUUUGUCAUUGAAGAACUGUCCAUACCUGAGUGAAAUUUUCAGCAAUGGAGCACUUCAACAUUUUUCAGAACUUCAGAAGCUGAAAAUUGAAGAUUGUGCAAAACUUGAAGAACUUAUUGUUCUUAGAGAAGGCUCUCAAGGAGAAAGGCACGUCCUUCCCAAACUAGAGAUGCUACUGCUGGUUAACUUGCCUAACUUCAAAAGUAUAUGCUCAAACCAGACAUUGGAUUGGCCCUCUUUAGAGCUACUAAGGAUACAUAGAUGUCCUAAUUUGAAAACUUUACCAUUUGAUGCUAGCAACGCAACCAACUUGAGGUCCAUUGAAGGGGAGCAAAAAUGGUGGGAUGAGUUGAAAUGGACAAACAAUAGCAAUGAGGAACGCCUCUUACAUCUUGCAUGCCCUAGUGCCAAAAGGCAAAGGUGAAUCCCUCAUAUUGUAUACGGUCGAGCUGCCUUCCCUCAUCUCUCUAUCGAGAAUGGGGAAUAGAAGGAAGACUCCACUCUCCAUGAUAGCUGGCUGCACUGAGCCGGAAGUCUGGAUAUGUUGACCAAAAUGAUGAUCUGGAUGGAACGGUAUGCGGUGACAACUUGUGUUUGUUGCCUUCAAUGAGUAGUUUCCCUAGAUAUCUUCUUAUGGUUGUAAAAUGUUAGAUGCUAAUAUAGAGUUUGUUGUCUCAGUUUGUUGCAAGAAAAAAGACUGCUACUGUAAUGUUUUAUGGUUUUCUGUGUUUUAAAAAAGUUGGUCCUAUAGAACUAGAAUAGAGUUUGAUGUCUCAUCAA